GUGGCAUGCAUUACGUGCGCAACGACCCCGAUGUCACAGUCUUAUUUUCAGCUGAUUUCUCGCUAUUGACGUAGAAUCUUGAUUUCCAUCAUCCAUGCAAGCUGCCCAGGCUGUAGACAGAAAUGACACUUGCGUGAAUAGGAAACCACCAUUCGCUCGGAUCCGAUCCGCACAGUACAAUUUCUUUCUUGAAUUCUUCCCAUCGGCCACCAGGCCAUGCCACUCCACAGGUCAGACGUUAGCCUGUAGGCCUAAUCAGUACAGUAGUAGCGCUUAACUGUAAACAAGCUUGUGCAUGCGGAUAUCGGAUGAACGAGUGGUUUCCAAAACCACGAUAUAGUCAUUGAAAAUAACCAUCUGGAUGUCUUGCUGGGGCUAUCAUUCAUGUACCUUUUCAGCGGACUGAGUUUCUGUCGAAUGAGAAGGAUAUCUUGCACCAUGGACGGAUUCUGCCUUCUCUAUCUGCUCUUGAUCCUCCUGAUGAGAUCUGGUGAUGUUGAAACCAACCCUGGACCAGACAGGAUUGUCAGUGAAAAGGAAUUCUUAAAGCUGUCCAAGCAAAUUGAACCUAGCUACUACAAAGAGGUGGGCAUUAACCUGGACAUCUCCAUUGCAGAGCUUGGUCAAAUCGAGAAAGAGAGCCAAAAUACCAGUGAUGCAUUGAUGACAGUCUUCACGAGAUGGAGAGACAAACAGCCUCCAGGCACAGACAUUAGGGCUCUUCUUGCAGAGGAAUUAGAAAGUAGUGACUUAGGGUCCCUCUCUGGCAAACUACUCGCUGGCAGUCUAGUCCCAAACAGGACAGGUUCACCUGUUAGAUUGCCAGGAUCACAGCCCCAACCACUUUCUCCUGACCUGAUCAAGAGAUGUGCAGAUGAUUUGAGAUCCAAAUACCGGACAACUCUCUGUAAGAUCAGAGCUGAUCCUCUCAUCCCAAUUUCCAUUGUGCAGUUUGGCGACAUGUACACAAACCUUGUCCUGGAAGAGGAAUAUCGACAAUGUAAGCGUCCACUUGAGUACAGUGAUCUCUUUAAUCUUAAAGUCAAUGGAGAGUUUCCCAAGCGGAUCAUGGUUCAGGGAGAGGCUGGGACAGGAAAGACAACAUUCUGUGCUAAGAUUGCCUGGGACUGGAUAAAUGACAGUCCUGCUCUCCAAAAGUUUGUGUGGGUACUUGUUGUCCCUUUUUGUGAAGCCAAACAAUACACGAUUGGUGAGAUUGUCAAGUCGUAUCUCUCCAAGGGCAACCCAGCAACAGCCUGCCAAAUCACUGAGUACAUCCGUUCAAAUCCAAAAGAUGUAUUCAUUGCGUUUGAUGGAUUAGAUGAGUUUGAUGGCAAGGUUGUACAGCAAAGGAAAGCCGGUUCAAACUUAGACUGUCACCAGCCAAAGUCUGCUGAUCAAACCAAGGCAAGAUCAAAAUCAAAGAUGAACAAGAAUAAGCGGAGAAAGUUAAUGCAACCAAAGUCAGGAAGCCCAACAAGUGCCACUUCGCAGCCAAGAGUCAACAGUGCAGAGGCAAGUGGAAGUUCUUCAGAGAGAGGUGAAAUUCCACUUACAGACAUUCUUCGUUCAGAUGAACUUGCCACUUGCCCGGUGUUGGUGACAAGUCGCCCAUGGAAGGUCAAAGAGAUAAGAUGGGAUGAUAGUCUGAGCAAACAGUACACUUUUCUGCAUGUGGAAGGUUUUAGCAAGGAGAAUGUGGAGGAUUACAUUCACAAGUACUUUCAAGAUGAUAGGGACAAAGCAGAUCAGCUUAUCCAAUUAACCAAAGACAAUGACAUCAUAUCUAAGAAUAUGGCCCCGUAUCCUAUCUACAUAGCUAUGGUCUGUCUUAUGUGGAGAGAACUUGGUGACGAAAAACAAGAAAAGUUUAAGUCAUUACAAACUUUUUCUCAAAUAUUUGAUGAAAUGUUUAAAUUCUUGAAGGUGCAUUAUGCUCAGAAAGAGAUCACAGAUUUAGACAGCCAAGAUUUCCAAGCCUUUCGCUCUCAAAUUGAGAAGCUCAUGGAACCAGUUGCCAAAGUUGCUUUCAUCGGGCUACAAGAAAACACCCUUAGUUUCAAAGAAGGUGAUUUUGAACAGUGCUCGGACUCCAUUGAAACAGCCUGCAGAGUAGGGGUGUUGUCUCAGGAGAAAAAAUUGUCAUCUAGUAUGUCUCUACAGUCUUCUAUCUUCUUUCCACACAAACUCUUUCAGGAGUACAUGGCUGGGGUCCAUCUUGCUUCCCUGUUUGAAUUAGAUCACAAUGAAUUCAACAGGCUGAUUGAGCAAGUAGUACUGCCUAGGAAGGAAGAGUUUAGGUAUCUCCUGUACUUCACUGUGUCACGGGACAAAACCAUCGCACACCAUGUCAUGAAAUGCAUGGUACAGGGUAUCAUCCGAGAGUACUCGGAUGUACAUUUGUUGGUUGAUGUAUCCUUUGAGAGUCAGGACCUAGAUACUGCAGCCUUGGCGAGGGGUGGAAUGUCAUAUCUGGCAAUAGACGGAUCCACAACAGCACACACCAUAGCAGGUUAUAUAUUCACUGGACUCGGUGUACACAAAGAUAUCGAUCUUGGAGUAAAUGGAGAAUUUGGACCAAUUAUAUCACAUGAUAUGGGGGAGAUUAUAUGCUCUGUGCCCUCUCUAGAGUAUGUUACACUACUUCGAGCUGCCUUGCACAGUGACUUCUAUGCAGUUCUUGCUAAAGAAGGAAACAAGUCCAAGUAGGGUCAGUUGGAGAAGAUGGGAUCAGAGGAAGAUAGCCAAUGAUUCUAGCCUGUCUAUGUGGAUGGAGGUCAGCACGGAAUGAGGAAAAGCCCGGAAGUCCUGCUUCUAAAACUCUAGGAGCAUCCACCAGUUGCGAAGUUGUGAUCAUUCUACCGAAGCGCCACAUAAGCAGAACGUCCUCAGUCUGCAUGGCCAUCUGAAGAGUGAGUGAGUCUGGAACCAUAUUGUAUGCAGAUGUGAAUGAAAUCUCAGUUGAAUUUUUCUCACACAUCUUUCUUACACUUCACAAUCUGCUCUAAGAAUCUUUGAUGCUUGCAGGAGUGUAUGGUGUUUUCCCUCGAUAUCAUCUCCUUCUAGGCGCCUCAGUUUUGUCAGUGCGUCACCAAGUGGUAAUGUGGAAGCACAUAUAAAUCCUGAACCUUUGGUUUGAUUGAGAACCAAAAUAUGCAUUUUGUGUAGUCAGUGCUCAUAUCUUUGGAAGACUUCUUAGCAGGCACAUGCUUCAUGGACAUGGCACUAUCUGCCACACGUUUUCUUGGCUGGUUACUCAUCUUGCUGUAGGAACCUAUAAUAUAGAGGGGUGUAUCAUUUGAAUAAUAGUUGCACUGUAUUUAUAUUUCAUAUAUACCUAACUUUGAAAUGUUACUUUACAUUAGCAGGCAAACUUUCACUCUUUCUUGUAAUUCUUGUAAGAUCUUAAAAGACAGACCCAGGAAUUCUGAAAUUCAUCUAGUAUGAGGUUGCUUUGGUCAAUGUCACCCUCUUAUACCUAUAUCAAUUAUAAAACAACAUUGAGAUGGGGGUAAUAGGUAUAUUAGUAUUGGAUUAACAGGAGCAUUGGAUGUAACAAACAUGUAAAGUCAUCACAAAAGGUUGCAAAUCCGAUUUAAGUGUUGUGAUCCAAAACACAAGAUGGAACAAAAUUUAUGCUACAUUAUAUUAAGGUUUAUUCUAAUCUACAAGUGUUAAAGUGGAACUAGUAUAAGAAACUAUAUAUUUAUUGGUUCACUUUCUCUUAUAUUUACAUCAGGUAACGUUUUAAUACAGAGUC